AUGUGGCCCAGUAGCAGCGUUUCUAGCCUCCAAAAAACAUACGAUGAAGCCUAUCUAAAGUGCUCGACAGCUGUCUACUAUGAGAGCCAGGGGGAUGAAAAAGAGGCGAUGUUAUGUUGGAGGAACGCCCUCGACCAAAUACGGCAGAGCACAACGAAUAAGAAACAGGGCAACUACUCCCCCAAAUCCGAGACAGAACGUGCUUUGCUAGAAAGUUUACGCGAAUUGGAGGUGCAAUGCAAAGAGAGAAUCGAUCUGCUAGAAGCUCUUAGAAUAUCCCGAGAGGAGGACCCAACAUUCCAGUUUACACAAUCGAGCAUAGGUACCGAAGGAAGCCUAGGCACACGGUCCAACACCAACACGCCGGAAAGAGGAUGGAUUGGUGACGGAACAAUACCCGCCAUAACGUAUACAGAACUGUCCAAACCACCGCUUCCUAAACGACCGUCGUUCCCUUCCAGAAAGUCGUCGGAGCAAGCAGUUGCUGGACUCCGUAAUGCGAUACUAGACCAAGAGCUAUCAUCUUCGGCAGCUACACCACCUUCACUCCCCCCUUAUGGUGUAUCCACCCAGAGAAAGAGAUCAUCGAGGUCGCCUAGUCCUGAAAAGCAUACGAUGCGAACAACGCUACGGACAAGUAAACAAGACAAGUCUUCAAAGUCAUCCCGGCAUACACCAGCCAAGAUAACCAAAGGUCCUGGGGCCAGUAAGGCUGCCACAUUGGCUUGGAGUAGCCUCGAAAGGGGAACAUCUACUGAUGCAACCAGUCCGUUAAGACUUUUAGAGACACGAAGGUCUUAUGAGCAAGGGCGAAAGAGUUCUGCACCAACUCCAAGACAUUGGGAUAGUCACACGAGAAGGCUGGUAGUCUCCCCCGAAGCUUCUAGUUCUACAUCUAUACCAUCCCGCCCAAGUCCUGAAGCUUCGAUGCAAGUUUCAGCCGAUUACUCGUCUCCUGCUCCAUCCUCUCUCGCUCUCGGUGCUGCAUCGAGUGCUUUGGGAGCUCUAAAUAUUCAAGACCGAGACGAGCCUAGUUCUGUAGGAAUUCGAACAGAGCGGAGACCGACCCCAAGGAAAACGGGCAGCUUAAGUUACGAUGAACGAAAUAAUACUACCCCUCGAGUCUUGGAGUCUCUGGAAACCACCCCUAGAAUAAGUUCUAAGGGUGGCUCAAUAAGGAGAAAGCCUUUGACCCAUGAUAAGGUGUUUGAACCGAAUAGCGCUAGAAAGCGAGUCGGCCGACAAAUAUCUAAUUAUGAUGGGAAAAGAGAGGAAGCAUCGUCUAGCGACGAUCAAUUUCGAGCAAGCCCUUCCCGUCGGAAAUACAAGGGUAAGCAGAAGGAAUCUCUCGUAACGUCCGAUACUGAAGACCGGUCCACAACAACUUCAGCUGCCGAAGAAGGGGAUAAGACAAAAGACGAUUGGGAAAAGACGAAAAAGGAAAUAAUGAAGAAUUUACCGGCAGGUGUAGAUGAAGCAGCCGCAAAGGCAAUAUUCAAUGAAAUUGUUGUGCAAGGGGAUGAGGUCCAUUGGAGCGACGUCGCCGGAUUAGAAAUUGCGAAAAAUGCAUUAAGGGAGGCAGUGGUGUACCCGUUUUUACGACCAGACCUAUUCAUGGGCCUUCGCGAACCAGCUAGGGGCAUGCUACUUUUUGGACCUCCGGGGACGGGGAAGACGAUGCUGGCUCGUGCCGUCGCGACAGAGUCAAAGUCUACUUUCUUCUCUAUCUCGGCGAGUAGUCUAACAAGCAAAUACCUUGGCGAGUCUGAGAAGCUCGUUCGUGCGUUAUUUGGAUUGGCCAAGAUGAUGGCACCAAGUAUCAUAUUUGUAGACGAGAUAGACUCGCUUCUCUCGCAACGGUCCGGGUCUGGAGAGCACGAAGCUACGAGAAGGAUCAAAACCGAAUUCCUCAUUCAGUGGAGCGAUCUACAGAGGGCCGCAGCGGGACGCGAGAACAAUAGCGGGACAAAUAAGGAGCGAGGCGAUCCGAAUCGAGUCCUUGUGCUAGCGGCUACCAACCUGCCAUGGGCGAUCGACGAAGCAGCAAGGCGGAGGUUUGUGAGGCGCCAGUAUAUACCAUUGCCUGAGGCAGAAACCAGGACUACCCAAUUAAAAACAUUACUAGGCCAGCAGAAGCAUAGUCUUACGGAUGCUGAUAUUGCGGAACUGGUAGACCUAACAGAUGGCUUCUCUGGCUCGGAUAUCACAGCAUUGGCAAAGGAUGCAGCAAUGGGCCCCCUGCGCGCGCUCGGCGAGGCUCUCCUACAUACGACAAUGGACCAGAUUCGGCCCAUAGAACUGGCCGACUUCAAAGCCAGUCUUCGCAAUAUUCGCCCAAGCGUUAGUAAAGAGGGUCUUAGGGAGUACGAGGACUGGGCAAGGAGAUUUGGAGAGCGUGGCGGGUGA